AUGGACAGCAGCCAGGACAACAACCAGGAUACGGACAAUAUCAGUCAGGAGCUGCCUAUCCGCCGGCCGGUCCACCUCACCGUGCUCCUCAUGUUCAGUUACUCGCAACCUCCGAGUCAACCUCCUGCGCAGCCCUAUGCACCACCACAGAGCCACUAUCAAGGAUACCAGCCUCAGCAUGCGGCCACUAACACCAAUCAACAGGCUUAUGGACAGAAUCCAGCGUGGUCACAGCAGCAGGGGCAAGCAUCCUAUCAGUCAAACCAAUACAGCUCAAUCAACGGAUUACCCAACGAUAGUCACUCCACGCCGGAUCCUCACGCUACACCAACUCAGGCGACUGUUCAUCUCACUACAUCUCGUCCCCUUCCACCGUCUAAUCAGUCCACUAGUGCUUUGAGUGAGGGGAGUUCAGGCGAAAAGCCGCAACUGUUCCUUGCCUGGGACGACUGGGAUUUCGAUUUUGAUGGUGCUAUCUGGCCCAAAAGCAAUGAACCUGUCGAUCCGGCCCUAAGUCUCGGGGUUAUCAUCUGGCAUCCCGCAAAGCAGGUAACACGUGCAUUACCAUCAACCUUCGCCGAGGCCGAAGAAGACGCACUGAAACCCACGCCGGAGAAACUGGACAACGGAGAUUCAGUGUCGAUGUACUUUACAGCCGACAACUCGCAUGAGGCUUUCUUGAAUGUUAGGCAGACAGACGAAUGGGAGACACUUCAGGAUGAUCCAGUCUUCGUCGUAUUCACAGACGAAGACAUGAAAUCCAAUCUCGUCUCGCUAGAGGAUUGUAUUGCUCAACGAGAUCGACCGGACGAAUUGUACGAGGAAGUACAGCAGGAUGAGGAUCUGGAGAUGCGCGAUGCGACGUGGGACAUUAUGGAUAACCUUGAGCAAGCACUCGCUACAAACAGUGGUUCCACCAAACCUGCCACUACGGAGUCUGAGACAGCACCUCCUCAACAGCUAAGCCAAGAAGACAUCCUGGCUAAACUGGGCGUGACCGGGACUCCGAAGCCACCAUCAGAUGAGCAGAUUUCACUACCAUUAUCUGCCUCCGAUGCGAAGAUCCCAUCGGCACUUCCUGGUAAGCCAUCAUUACCUUCUGCCUUCACAAAGACUGCAGAGCCUGCUCUUCCACCUCAACGAGCGCAAUCGUAUGGAGGCCAUCGCAACAAUACACAUGGACCUCCGCUGCCUCGGCCGUACGGCUCCAUGUCGUCUUCCACCACCUCUAGGCCCCCACCCCCACCUCCACCCCCAGAACAACAACGCUACGAUCCUUGGAAUGCGCCUCAGCGUAGUGGCCAUGGUCUCGAUGGCUCCAGGGGCAGUCCGGCGCUCUCUGAAGGAAGCAACCACACCAUGGCUGGCUCUGAUUUCGAGCCCGAAAACCCCAGCAACGAGAUACGACAGGAUGUGCCAAGUGCAACCUCACUCGACCGAGGCGAUAGCUCUUUCUCUCGGAAGAGGAGCUAUGAGGAUGCGGACCACGAGCAUGAGCGCUUGCGGCAGCAAGAAGACUACAGCAAACGAAAGCGGCGCUCUCAAGUUGAUGCUGCGUACAGGUAA